GGCAGAAGCACCGAAAUGCGAAACGCGAACAUGUUGUUCGAAAUUUCACGUCCUGCGUAUCAUUUCAUUAUUCAUGCCAUGGCUCCCGCACGUUUUCAACCGUCGUCUAUCAAAAACAAGAUAAAAAGAGAAGAGGUUGCGCGCAAGCUGAAAAAGAGCAAAAACCAGGCUAAACUACAGAAAAGGCUUGAUCAGGCCAAGGUUGAAGCCAACGACCCUGCAGCAAAGAAAAAACGUAUUUCAGAAAAUGUACCUCGUACGCUCGAUAAUACCCGCGAGGCAGACCCAGCUAUGCUCUCUGCAGCUGGCCCUUCGUCUGCCCAGCAUGAGGAAUUCUCUAAUGAUAUCGCAUCUGAUCCUUUUGCGGACUAUUUCAACUUCACGCAGGAUCCAACUAUCCCUCCGAAGGUUCUCAUUACCACCUCUGCAAAAGCCUCGAAGGGCACAUAUGAAUUUUGUGAUGAGUUAGUAGGAAUAUUUCCAGGUGCCGAAUUUAUACGGCGGAAAAAGGGGAAAGGCUUCGAGAUGGGUCGAAUAGCUGGUUGGGCUGCUGGCCGUGGUUAUAAGCAUCUACUAGUUGUGAACGAGGACAUGAAGAAGCCAAACGCUAUCACCUUGGUGUAUCUCCCUAAUGGUCCUAUGGCUUAUUUCAAACUUACGUCUAUAGAACUCACAAAACAGAUAUAUGGUCACGCGAGAGCAACGCCACACAACCCCGAGCUCGUUCUCAAUAAUUUCUCUACUACUCUGGGACACAGUGUUGGACGAAUGUUCCAGACUUUAUUCCCGCCAUUGCCUGAAUUUCAGGGGCGACAGGUAGUCGCGCUUCACAAUCAGCGUGACUUUUUGUUUUUCAGACGUCAUCGGUAUGCUUUCCGCUCGCCUGAGAAAGUUGCUCUGCAAGAAAUUGGGCCUCGUUUCACUCUAAAACUUCGAUGGCUCAAAAGAGGGCUGCCGGCAGUUCAAAACUUUGGGGCAUCGCCAGAUGCCCUAGAAAUCAGUGUUGGGACUGAGGAGUUGCCUGGACCUCCAGAAGAAACAUCUAUGCCAGAACAAGACGAGGAAUCGGAGAUGAAGCCGCUUGAACCCGUUUCAGUGAGCAACCCUCCAAAAGACAAUGAGUAUAUCUGGCGUUGGAAGCCUGAGCUUGAAACGACAAGAAAAACAUUUUUCUUAUGAUGCAAAAUAUCACUUUUGGAGAAGUGGAAGAUCUAUAGAAGAUUGUUGUACUUGUUGGAGUUCAUUUUCACAAUCGGUUUGGAUUGCCAAGUCGUUCUUGUUAAUCCAUCUGUGAUACUGUGAAAUAAAAACAAUGAGAUAUCACACGACACGCAGUGUGUGACUAUUUGACAUCAUAA